GUUAGUACGCUAUACAUUAUGUCAUGCGCUUUGACGAAAGCGUUAUCUACCACGUGAUUUUGACAAGACUUUGCCGGUUGAUAUGUUUGUGAUUGUGUUGUGGAUGCAGAUUUGACGGAAUAUGAUCGCGAUGGAAAAUAUAAGGUUGUUCAUGUCUACGAAGCAUUUUUCAAGAUUGCUGUGUCUGUCGCUACUCCUACAUUCAACGCACAGCUUCGGCAACGAGGGACUUUUUAGUUCAAAAUAUCCAAACGAUAUCCCCGAAUACGACUUGCUGCACGCUAUCGGAGUUCCAUUUAGCAAUCCGAAGACCCAGUACUUCGAUGAAGGCCUCGACGGUUUUCCGGCUUACGGGCUCAAGCCGGGAUCUGAUAUUAAAUCUCCGUAUCGACUCUUUAUGCCCGAGAAACUUUACGCUGAAUUCUCUAUAACAGCCACUGUACGACCGGCAAAUAAGGAUGGCGGAUUCCUCUUUUCUGUCGUUAACCCUUUGGAAACUGUUGUCCAGUUAGGUGUACAGCUUAUACCGUCUGGUCCCGGGUUGACGAAUAUUUCUUUGUUAUAUACAGAUGCGAAUAUUUACGCCUUAUCUCAAACAAUCGCUUCGUUUGUGGUACCUUCGUUUUCUAAGAAGUGGACACGGUUCGCAUUGAGAGUAACAAAUGAUAAUGUUACGUUAUUUCUUAAUUGCUUAGAGUUUGAUACGGUUGUUGUAAAGAGGAAUCCGCAGGAAUUAGUCUUUGAUUCUGCUUCGACUUUGUAUGUCGGUCAGGCGGGUCCACUCAUCUCUGGAGCUUUCCAUGGUGCGUUUCAAGAGUUGAAGCUUUUUGGAUCGCCUUCACAAGCCGAAGUACAGUGUGUGAACACAUUUGAGGAUAUAGGCAAAGGCGGCGAAGGAGACGAGAUUUAUAUUGACAAUUCAUUGGUGGACCAAGAAGACGGGGAUGUUGAGGGGUCUGGGAGGUAUGGGACAAUUCCGCCAUUUCCGCCUCCACCACCCGGACUUAACGGUUAUGCCCCAAUCUUAAGAGGUGAAAAGGGAGAGAGAGGACCAAGGGGUUUACCCGGAGAAUCGAUACGAGGACCACCGGGACCACCAGGACCUCCUGGGCUUCCUGGUAUUCCUGGAACAGCCAUGGUUGAAUCGUCUGGAGAUGACGCGAUGAAUAUAAAGCAAAUUUUUGGUGAGAACUACGCGUCAAUUGGACAAUGUGGCUGCAACAGCAGCACACUAAUGGCACUCCUCGAGUUGGCACCGGAACUCCGAGGUCCUCCAGGUCCUCCGGGGGUCACUGGCGCCGAAGGACGAAUUGGACCACCUGGCAUACCUGGUCAAAUGGGGCCAACCGGUGAACGCGGCCCGAUAGGUCCUCGGGGCGAAAAGGGUGAUCGAGGGGAUGAAGGUCCCCGUGGUCCAGAAGGCAUAACGGGACCAAAGGGAGAGCCUGGCGUUGAUGGAAGACCUGGUACUGCAGGACCACCUGGACCACCUGGAUCGCCCGGUUCAUCUGACUACGGAAACUUUGAGGAAUCACUUUUGGGGGCUUACGGCGGAGGUGGAGUUGGCAGACCCGGGGCUCCUGGUCCUAAGGGGGAUGCUGGCCAAUCAGGGCCCGCUGGACUUCAAGGAGAACGGGGAUUUGCCGGAGCUAAGGGUGAACGUGGCCUUCCAGGCCAAAGUGGAUUUAAAGGCGAUCGUGGUUAUCCUGGCCCUAAAGGUGACAGAGGAGUAAAAGGUGACCGUGGUGGUCCUGGCUUGGAUGGCCGUCCAGGACUACCGGGGGCAAACGGACGCUUUGGUGAAAAGGGAGAAAAAGGUGAACGUGGCUCACCCGGACCGCCGGGACCUCCAUCGACUCCUGUCGCAGGUUUCACGACAGAGGAUUCAGAAUUCCUUUCGACUGGUCGAGUUGUUGCCGGAUUACAAGGAGAGAAAGGCGAAAAGGGUGAAAAGGGUGACCCUGGAAAAGAUGGCAUACCAGGUUUUCCAGGAAAAGAUGGAAAGUCAGGAGAACGUGGAGAUAUUGGCCCUUCAGGAAUGCCCGGUAUGUCUGGACCCCCGGGCGCUUCAGGUUUAAAAGGAGAAAGGGGAGAGAGAGGCCCACCGGGACCGGUAUCAAUAACAUCAGGCGGUUCCGACAUUAUUACAGUCAAGGGCGAAAAGGGAGAUCUAGGACCCAGAGGUAGGAGAGGCCGAUCUGGACCACAAGGACCCCGAGGACUUCAGGGUCCACCGGGUGUGCCUGGACCUCCGGGAAAAGCCGGAGAUAAAGGUGAAAUCGGACUUCCCGGUUGGAUGAAUAAUAAGGGACGACCGGGUACAUUUGGUCCUCCUGGGAAUACCGGGCCUAAAGGUGAAAAGGGAGACCCAGGCGUGAAUAUUUUGGAUGUCUCAAUGUUCAAGGGUGAAAAGGGAGAUCGUGGUGACAAUGGAUAUCCAGGCCCCAAAGGUAUUCAGGGUCCACCGGGUCCACCAGGCAUUGCUCCAAAGUCGGAUGUUGUCCAGUAUGUGCCAGGUCCGCCAGGGCCCCCUGGACCUCCCGGAUCUCCGGGUCUAGCUAUCGUGGGUCCUAAAGGAGAGCCCGGACUCAGCUAUAUAGAAGAAGGCCCUAUUCAUGGCAGUACAAAGUUCUUCGGCAGACCAGUUCAAAAAAGUGCUUUUGACGAAUUAAAAGCUCUUACAGAAUUAAAAGAACUAAAAGAAAAGACUAAAGAGCGUCUUGGUCGAGAUAAUUUCGAGUCAAGAAGUCACCAUGCAGACGAAUCAAGCAAAACGGUACCAGGUGCGUCGGUAUUUCGGACCACCGAAGAGAUGAUGCGGCUUGCUUCUUCGAGUCCCGUUGGUGCAUUAGCCUAUGUCAUGGAGGAACAAGUCCUGUUCCUCAAAGUGAAUACAGGAUGGCAAUAUGUUUUGCUCGGGUCAGUAGUGUCCCAAGCAGCACCGUUGACAACGACGCACUCACCUGUCACACCCCCAAUGCCUGCAGCCAGUCUUGUUCACAGGGGACCAAUAUCCAAUUUAGUUGAUUCGCCUGUACUCGCUCCUGUCGGGCCAAGCCUCCGUUUAGCCGCUCUAAAUGAACCUCUAUCAGGUAACAUGCAUGGAGUACGGCGCGCUGAUUACGCGUGUUAUCGCCAAGCCAGGCGCUCCGGUUUAAAGGGAACUUUCAGAGCUUUUCUUACGAGCAGGAUACAAAAUCUGGACUCCACAGUACGUUACGCGGACAGACAUUUACCAGUGGUCAAUAUAAUGGGAGAGGUCCUAUUCAAAUCAUUUUCUGAUAUUUUUGAUGGAAAUGGAGGUUUUAUUGCGGGUACUCCACGAAUAUACAGCUUUAGCGGGAAAAAUAUUAUGAUGGAUUCUAAUUGGCCACAAAAACUAAUAUGGCACGGCUCACACGCAAGUGGGGAACGCGCGUUGGACACGUUCUGUGAGGAAUGGCAGAAUGGAGAGCCCACAUCCAGGGGCAUGGCUGCGUCAUUAUAUUCACACAAACUGCUCUCUCAAGAAAGGUAUUCGUGCAAUAAUCACUUCGCAGUAUUAUGUAUAGAAGCCACAGCUCACUUAAAUUCCAGAAGAAAAAGAAGUAUAUUCAGGUACAAUUCAACGCAUGACGACGAGGACUAUUUGUACAACGCUGAGGAAUAUCAAGAGCUGCUUAAUGAUAUAUUUGCUCAACCAUUUAGAGAAGAUUAAUUACAAUUAAUGUAUAUCAAUAUAUUAUUAUUUGUAUAAAGAUCUCAAUUUAACUAAUGAGAAAACGAUUCACGUACGGCCAAUGAGGCAUUAUAUUAUAACAGUUGUAUCAGUAAUAAUGAAUAUUAAGUAUGAAAAUGCUAGUCUAUAAGCCUUGUUUGCCCCAAUGAAGAUAUACCUUUCUGAAAAUAGUCUAGGUUUUGAAAUCUGUAAGACGUAUAAAUGCAUGCGCAUGCUUUUUAGUGUUACGGUAAC